UCUGAUGCAAGGCUCCCACAGAAGAAGGUGCCGCAGGCGGGAACAGUUGCCUAAGAGGGGACGGAACGGGACAGGCAGAACGGGCCCGCAGGUCUGAACAGGACCGGGAGACCGCCGCUGGUGUGGGCGGGCGGUGAUGCUGACGGCUCGCUCCUGAUCGCUGCUUGGGCUUGUUUCGCAAGUGCGUCUUGUUGCUCCACCUCCAGCGCCUUGAGCUGAGCUCGCAGCCGAGGAAGCGGCAGAGCGCAGGAGAACUGAACCGAGCUCAGCUGAACGGAGAGCGACCAGAGAGAUGGCCGAGAAUAAAGCGGGCCAGAACCUCCAGGCUGGAGCUGGCUUCUUCGCCAAGCGCGUCCAGAAGUCCUUGAAUAGAGCGCAGGAGAAGGUUCUUCAGAAACUGGGCAAAACCAUGGAGACCAAGGAUGAACAAUUUGAACUGUGUUUCCAGAACCUCAACAAGCAACAGAUCGACGGGAACAGGUUGUUUAAAGACGUGAAGGCCUACUAUGCAGCAGUGAAAACUGUGCACGAGACUUCCAAGCGACUGUCCAUGACCCUGAGUGACAUUUACGAAUCGGACUGGAACGGCGUGGAGGACCUUGCUGUCAUUACAGAGAGCGAGGACUUGCUGUGGAACGACUUUGAGGAGAAAAUAAGUGACCAGCUUGUCCGCACCAUGGAGAACUACACGAGCCAGUUUCCUGAGGUCAAGGACCGAGUUGCAAAGCGGGGUCGCAAACUGGUGGACUACGAUUCAACUCGUCAUCACCUGGAAGCUCUACAGAGUGCGAAGAAAAAGGAUGAAGCCAAAAUCACUAAGGCAGAGGAGGAGUUCAACAAAGCCCAGAAUGUCUUUGAAGAGAUAAAUAAUGAGCUGCGGGAGGAGUUGCCUGUUCUCUAUCAGAGUCGGAUCGGCUGUUACGUGACCGUGUUCCAGAACAUCUCAAACCUGCGCGAUGUCUUUUAUAAAGAAAUGAGUGUGCUAAACCGGGAACUUUACAACGUGAUGAAAAAACUGGAGACUCAGCACUCGGGCAAAAAUUUCAUCAUCAAGGGUUUGGAUAGCCUCACAACUGGCAAGUCAAAGAAAAGAAAGUCCUUGGCCAUCUCCAACCCCAUCCCCUGCAACACAGCUUUCCCAGCCGACCACGUCUCCAUCCAUGCCUCCACGCAAAAUGGCAAAGAGGCUGGUUCCACGUCCCCCGUCCAACCGUCUCAGAGCCCUUCUGAAGGAAGCACUGCCCCAGAGGACAGCAGCAUCCCAUCCCAAAGCGUCAGCUCAUCAGACUCUGAUCUCAGCUCCAGCGGCGUAAACACACCCAAGAGGCAGUCUGUGUGUGACAAUGAGAACAACAAGAGCACACGCAGUCAGAGUCCAGAGGACCUGGAGGCCGAGGCCGAGGCUGAGCUCGCAACUAACCUGUCGGAUGACUCUGGAGUCGGCGUGCCAAAGUCUGAGGAAGCCAACCUCGAACUAUCCGGCCCCCCUCAUUUGGCAGAUGGCGACGAUAUGCAGAGUCUUAACCAGGGCGCCGUGAGCAGUCCGCCAUCAGAGGAGGCCAAAACUGAAGCUCCACCAGUUCCGCCCCCCCGCCAGUCCUUUCACUCCACAGACCAGCAGCCUCUGCUACCAGCCAAAGAGCAGGACGAGACGGAAACACCGGGACCAGGGGAUGACUCGAGUUCCCAGAAUCCACCAGGCUUUCUCUACAAGGCUGUGGCGACAGAGAGCAAUGAAGCAUCUGAUGAAGGCCAGCUGCAGUUUGAACAGGGAGACGUCAUCCUGGUGCUAGCUGACACCCAGGAG